CGAGGAAACAAUCUACAAUGGAGACAUGCCGAUCCUUGGCAGUGGGCAUCUGCCACCAUCGGCUACAGCCCCCAAUGGCAAUUCAGCAGUAGAUUGACGCGGGAUAUCCCCGCAGGAAGAAUAUUGAGUCGAGUCUGAAGAAAGUAUAAGAAUGCCUUCCGAGCAAGCUUCUGGAUCCCUUCAUGUCUCUUCCUUGUGUCUCCGAACAUUGCUAGAUUGUGUCUGCUGAAGGCAUCAUGUUCACUAAACAGUCCCUCGCGACCCUCCUCGGAGGCCUGUCUCUGGCGCUGGCUCAGACCUCGUCCCAGGAGUAUCCCCCUCUGGCUGAGAUCCUGGCCAAGCAGGCAUCGGUGCAGCCGUACUCCCCUGUGUCGAACGUGAAGGGUCUCGCGUUCAACCGCUUCGUGAAUAUUUGGCUGGAGAAUACCGACUUCGAUGUCGCGGCCUCCAACUCCCACCUGGCGGCACUCGCAUCUCAAGGCCUCCUCCUCAAGAACUUCUGGGCGGUGACCCACCCCUCCGAGCCAAACUACUGCGCAUCCGCCGGCGGCGACACAUUCGGGAUGGACAACGACGACUUCCACCAGCUACCCGCGAACAUCUCCACGAUCGCCGACCUCUUCGACACCAAGAACAUCGCCUGGGGCGAAUACCAAGAAGCGAUCCCCUACCCGGGCUACCAAGGAUACCGGUACCCGGAAAGCGGCGCGAACGACUACGUGCGGAAACACAACCCACUGAUCCUGUACGACUCGGUGACCUCGGACGCGGUGCGUCUCCGCCAGAUCAAGAACUUCACGACGUUCUACGACGACCUCGCCCACCACCGUCUGCCACAAUACAUGUUCAUCACGCCCAACAUGACCAACGACGGACACGACACCGACAUCACGGUCUCGGGCGCCUGGACCUACGACUUCCUGACCUCGUUGCUGGAAAACGAAUACUUCACCAACGACACCCUCAUCAUGCUGACCUUCGACGAAACAGACACCUACACGAUCGGAAACAACGUCUUCACGUUCCUCCUCGGCGGCGCCCUCCCCGACACCCUCCGCGGCACAACCGACGAUACCUUCUACACGCAUUACUCCGUCAUCGCCUCGCUGUCUGCAAACUGGGGCCUCCCCUCCCUGGGCCGCUGGGACUGCGGCGCGAACCUGUUCAGUUGGCUAGCCGAGAAGACCGGCUACGUGAACUACGAGGUCGACACGAGUAAUCUGUUCAUGAACGAGACGCAUUGGGGCCCGCUGUCCGAGGACGAUUAUAGUGAGUAUUACGCCGGCUGGCCGGUCCCGGUGACAGAGGGAGAAUGCUCCGCGGGGAAUGACGUGCUGGACAAGGUCAAGCAGACCUGGGGGAGUCUGACGGCCACGUUUAACUAUACCGCCCCAUUUCCGUAUGAUUCGCGCAGUGGGAAUAAUGUGGGCGUGAAGUAUAGUAGGACUUUGAAGGAUGGGAAGGUCGAGGAGGGUGUUUCGGAGUGAUUGUUGAGUAUCAUCAUAGGCUAUGGCCUGUCUCGUGUAAAAAUUUGUAUCAUCAACUUUAGAUAAUCGCC